UUAUAUUUAAAUGUUUCAAGCUUUGCUCUAAAUAGUUUUAGUUUUGUUUAACUAUGACAUUUAUCUCAGCAUGAAUAUUAUUGUUAAAAAUCGGAUGGAAGCAGUUUAACAACCUCACUUUCAGUUCAGUGACCACAGAGGAGAGGCAUCUGGACAAGAAAACACCAGUUCCAUCAGACAGUGAGAUGAGAACAGCAACAACGAUGAGUUUAACAUCAGCAAGUGGAUUUAUCGUCUUCCUUCUCUCUGUUACAGUUGUUCAGGGUCAGAAUGGAUGGGGAGUGACUUACGCUACUACUCAGAUCUGUGCCUUAAAAGGAUCAACAGUCGACAUGAGCUGCACCUACACAUACCCACAGUGGAUAAACAAUUGGAAAACUACAGUUGAGAAAACAUUCUGGUUUAUUAAUAGUGACAUUAAACCUGUAGAUCUGAAAACAAAGUCGGAGUACAAAGGUCGUGUGUAUUAUUCUUACAAAAAGAAUGACUGUUUUGUGAGAAUCUCAGACCUGAGACAGAGCGACUCAGCUCAGUACCAGUUCAGUUUUAUGACAAACCAACCUGGUGGACGUUAUACUGGUUCACCUGGAGUCACUCUGACUGUCACAGCACAUCCAGAUCUCCAGGUCCAUGUGACCAGAUCAUCAUCCUGCAGGAAUUCUAAUUGUGUCCAAGUAGAGCUGAGGUGUCACAGCAGCUGUCGUCUACCUGACAAUUACAAAUACACCUGGUUCAAGAACAGACAGAAGAUUCAUAGUCAAACAUCAUCUUCCUAUUCCACCUCUUUUUCCUCUGAAGAUACAGUUUCCUGUGCUGUUAAAUUAGGUUCUGAGAUGUUCUCCUCUCCUCCAGUGUUUGCUCCAACGGUUCCUUCAGUGUCUUUCAGUCCCUCUGGUGAAAUCAUUGAGGGCAGUUCAGUGACUCUGACCUGUACCAGUGAUGCAAACCCACCUGUUACUAAAUACACCUGGUACAAGAGAGGAAAGAAUCAACUUCAGUCAAGAGGUGAAGGACAGCAGUUUGUCCUCAGCUUCAUCAACUCCUCUGACUCUGGAUCAUAUUCAUGUCAAACUGAGAACAGUCUGGGUUUGAAGAUGUCAGAAUACGUCUAUAUUAAUGUGAAAUAUCCUCCCAGACUUCCCUCUGUGUCCGUGAGUCCGUCUGGUCAGAUAGUGGAGGGCAGUUCAGUGACUCUGACCUGUACCAGUGAUGCAAACCCACCUGUUACUAAAUACACCUGGUACAAGGAGGAUGAAGACUCACCAAAAGCAUCAGGACAGAACUUCACCAUCACUGACUUCAGAUCUGAACACAGUGGGAAUUAUUACUGUGAAGCCCAGAACAGCAGAGGACGACAGAACUCCACCUCACAUCUGGUCACUGUGUCUGAGAGGACAACAUUCAUAAUGAAUAUUAUCAGGCUGGCUCUGGUAUUUCUGCUGCUCAUACCUCUGAUUUUCCUGACUCUGCAGAUCAGGAUGAAGAAAACCCAGACUAUCAACACAGAAUUAAAACCUCCAGAGACAAUAGAGUUGGACAAUUUUCAGAGCUAUGAGAAUGAACACGUUCAACACAGGGAAGAAAGAAGACUCACAGGAGGAAGAAGACCUGAUGAGACGUCCAGUGAUGUUGAAGUAUCAUGCACAUAAAAUUUGGUGCUGAAAUGUCUCUAACAGCAUAAAUACGGAGCACAUGUGGAGCUCAUUUACAUCCUCUGUGAUGCAUCCAAAGUCCACAAAACCACAAUGAAAAUGACAAGUGAGUUCAUUCAUCAUCAUCAUCAUCACCAUCAUCAUCAUCAACCACAUACGUACAGAUCUUCACAGAAGAAUCAUAGACCAAGUUCAGACUCUCCUACAGAAUAGAUGAUGCCUUUUUUAAAUUAAAAAUAUUAUAAUUAUAAUUAUUAUUAUUAUUAUUAUUAUUAUUAUUAUUAUUAUUAUUAUUAUUAUUAUGUUACAGCCGGUGGGCUGUCCUGCUUCAUCUCCUCCUGUUAGUCUGUCUUAACCUCUUCUUAUAUUGUGAGAGGCUGAGUCUGGUUCUCCAAACUUCCUUCCUCCCUCCUCUGUUUCUCUGAUGUGGAGAAAGCCGAUUGGAAGAUGCCAGCACCCACCUGAGCCCCGCCCACCAGCUCAUCAUAUUUAACUGCCUCCAGAUGACUGCUCUGUGCCGCUGUCAUGUGUUCAUGGCUUAGUUGGCCUUCGUGUUUGAUCAUUCUGCUUGUGUCUUGUUGUGAACUCUGACUGCUCAUUUUGGAUAAAUAUUUUUAAGACUAGCUUUCUGAUUGUCUAUUUCAGUGAAUUUGUUCUGUUCCAGUACCUGAGUGUGUCCACCAGCUGCUGUGAGUUUUUGUCAAUUAGUUUUCUUUUGUUUGUAGAUUUUGCCCACUGUUACACAGUGUGAGCGUAGUGUUUUGUUUUGCCUUUUUGGCCUGUGCUAUAUGAAUUGUUAAUUGUUUUAGUUUGUUUGU